CUCAGAGACUGCUUUGCUGAAUAAUUGAUCCCUCGGCUUGUGACUGGUUGAAAAUGAGGAAGGCAGCGCUGAUGGUUUGGAUCAGCCUUUUGGUGCAAGUGUCCCACGGUGCUCAGGGUCAUUAUGCCCGCAAACUUCUGGCUGACCUGAUGGAGGGCUACUCUAACGCUCUGAGGCCAGUGGACGACACAGACAAAGCCCUCAAUGUCUCCCUGCAGAUCACGCUGUCACAGAUCAAAGAUAUGGAUGAGAGGAACCAGGUGCUAACCACGUACCUGUGGAUCAGGCUGGUCUGGCAUGACGCCUACCUGAAGUGGGACAAGGAGGACUAUGAUGACCUUGAGAUGAUCAAUAUACCCAGCGACCUGGUUUGGAAGCCGGACAUCGUCCUCUACAAUAAGGCAGAUGAGGAGUCAGGUGCAUCCAGCACUAAUGUGAAGCUGCGUUAUAAUGGAGAGAUCAUCUGGGACUCUCCAGCGAUCACAAAGAGCACAUGCGUGGUGGACGUCUCCUACUUCCCUUUCGACUGGCAACAGUGCAAACUCACCUUCGGAUCCUGGACCUACAAUGGCAACCAGGUGGACAUCAGUUUGGGCAUGGACAGCGGUGACCUGUCUGACUUUGUGGAGAAUGUGGAGUGGGAGUGUCACGGCAUGCCAGCAGUUAGAAACGUCAUGAUGUACGGCUGCUGCUCCGACCCUUACACAGAUAUCACCUAUACUCUGGUCCUGAAGCGUCGUUCCUCUUUCUACAUCUUCAACUUGCUCCUGCCCUGCUUCCUCAUCUCGUUCCUGGCCCCGCUGGGCUUCUACCUGCCGGCCGACUCGGGGGAGAAGGUUUCCCUCGGGGUCACGGUGCUGCUGGCGCUCACUGUGUUCCAGUUGUUGGUGGCUGAGAGCAUGCCUCCUGCAGAGAGCAUGCCCUAUAUAGGGAAGUACUACAUAGCCACCAUGACUAUGAUCACAGCCUCCACCUCUCUGACCAUCUUCAUCAUGAACAUUCAUUUCUGUGGUGCUGAGGCCAAGCCGGUCCCUCACUGGGCUAAGGUGCUCAUCAUAGACUACAUGUCCAAAAUCUGCUUUGUGUACGAGGUGGGGGAGAACUGCACUACGCCGGAGAGUGAGAAGAGCCCGCUGUAUCCCGAGGAUCCCGUGAACGAUGACAAUUUCCACGACUACCAUCACGACAGCGACCCGUACAAGUACAGCAACGGCCACGCCGUGCAUCAUCACAGCAAGCAACACAAAAGCCAGGCGAAUGGCAACGGCAACAAUAGCCAUCUCCAUUACAACAACCCCGCUUCCAGCCUGGAGAGGGGCGAGGGGAAGCUGGAGCCCACACAGCGCUACCACCACAUUAGGAGGGAUGAACUGGACUACCAGGCUCCUCUUCAUCCACAGAACCUUCAGCACCUGAAUGGAGGGCUGAAGAAGCAGCUCCUCUAUCCCACAGAGAAAGUCCCGGCCUGUCCCUGCUGCUGCCCCUGCCUCCAACAUAAACAGAUGGUGAAGAACAUCCAGUACAUCGCCAACUGCUUCCGCGAGCAGAGAGCUACUUGUGUCAAGGCCGCAGAGUGGAAGAAGGUUGCCAAGGUGAUGGAUAGGUUUUUCAUGUGGAUCUUCUUCGUAAUGGUCUUUCUCAUGAGCAUCCUCAUCAUCGCCAAGGCAUCCUGA